UUGUGAUUGGUUUAGGGAAUGACAUCGUCGUGGCAUUCUGAGUGUCACUGUCGUCAUGGAGGAGCAGGAAGUAGUGAGCGGGGAAAAUAAAGCUCUCCGGUCUCUAAAUGCUGAUGUCGAAACCCACGUUAAUUUUAUUAAUCAGUCGAAACAAAGCGCCCGAGCAUGGUGGUUGGAUUAUUCCGGACAUCCAGUUUCUUAUGGCGAUAUACGAACGAACGGGUUAUUACGUAUGGAUACUUUUCUGACGCAUCCAUGGGUUUUCAGAGCCUCUCGAAAUGGGGCGAAACUUUUAGCUAAUCAGCAAGAUGUCUAUAUGCCAACAGCUGCCACCGAAUAUGAAGAGGAUGGUAAACCCAAGUUUCUGAAUGUUGUCAUAGCUACCCCAGUGUACUCUCUGCAGGAGUGUUGUCUGAUGCUAAUCCGUAAUCUGGUAGAAGAGGAGGACUACGGCAGACUGGACAUCCCCGAGUCACUGAAGACUGACCUCAGACAACAGCCUGACUUACUGAAGGAGCUGGGACUCAUCAACCGUCUCAGAAUAGGAGUGUUGACCUAGGAUCAGUUGUAUCGUUUAGAUCACAAUGAAUCAGAUUAGAUGGACAGGGGGGGAUGACCUGAUCCUAGAUCAGCUCUCAUACUCUGAGAAGCUUUAUGCAUAACAGGCCACUGAAUAAUGGACUUUCUGUUGACCAAAUGUACUGCCCCCCCCCCGCUCUGAACUCGUUGGUGGCUCUAGAACAGUGGAAGUCAAUGUCAGGUUCGGGGAACUGCAGUAGGGACGCGAAUUAAGAGUACUUAUUAUUAUAAAGAGUACAUAUUAUUGUAUGGGACAAAAAAUAAAAAAAAUGUAAAUAAAGAAAAAUAUAAUUUUUAAAUGUUUAUUGAAUAAAUGUAUUUGUUUGUUUCUUUUCA